AUGCCGGACUCUACAGCCACAGCGAGCGAUGCCGUGGGACUACCAGCAGCUCCUGUGGAUGGAGGGACAGAAGGCAACAGCACCAGUGCAGGCGCCGAGGAUGAGGAGGAGAACCAGGAUGAGAACCAAUGGCGAUGGGGAGGAUGGCAUUCAGGCUGGUCAUGGGGUGGAUACUCUUCAUGGCAAUCCCGCUGGGAUCGAUGGGACACCCAGUCCGCCUCCUCGUGGUCCUGGAGCCCGCCUACACCGGCCAAGCCCUUGGUGGAGAUCCUUCCGGACUUUGUCCAGGGAUGGUAUCUGUUGUCAGACAGCGGUUUGGGAACCAGCGACAAGAACAUGAUCCAUACAGCCAUCCAAGGCGACUACUCCUUGCAACGAGUGGCACAAGAACUACGUUCACAGUGGGAUGAAACCAGCCUUCGGCAGAGGGAUGGACAUGGGCGGACCCAUGCGAGCUAUUUGGGCGAGGAUGAUGAGGGCGAGUCCGAGGCCGAGUACAACCAGGAGGGCUUCCAGGUGGACAACCUGACCGAGGAAGGACAAGCCCUGGUGGCGGAGACCGAGGAGGACAUCCAACACGCCAUGGCCAUCAUCCAACAAGGGAAGCGGACCUUGAAGGAAGCGAGGGCAAAGCAGCAACAGAUCAAGCUCUCGAGACAGUACUUCAAGAGCGGACCGCCACGCGGUACUUCCUACGGCAACAAUGGGAGCAACCGCUCGGGCAAUCCGGGUUGGAAGCCCGGACAGCCUCGAGAUGAUACAAAGAUGCAGUGCCUCAAGUGCGGCCAGAUCGGACAUCGGGCAGCGAACUGUCCGAAGAAGGACGCCUCAGCAGGACAAGCUCAGUUGGCGGAGACCGAGGAGAACGAGCAG